AUGCAACGCGAAGUUAUUGACCUCACUGACAACCACAAUGACGAAUCUGUUCCGAAUGCCACGAUCGUCGAGGGUGUUGACGAAACAAGUAACGCGAGCAGUGUAGAGUUGUUCGAAACAAAGCGUCAAGAGCUCCUAUGUGAUAAAUGGAAAGAAAUCGAUGAAAAGGAUUGUGUGCAGCAAGUGGAAAAUAUCUACGCAUUGAAAGGAGUUGUAUGGGUUGCCCAUGAUAAAGUCGACCAUGUGGAAUCUCGUGCUGGUAUGUCAAAGAUGGGUGUGGAUAUAGUAAAAUGCAUCAUUCCGACAUGCAUUGAUCAUCGGGAAACGCUUUUUGCAUAA